ACGGAUUGUGGGGUCCACCUAUAAUAUUUUCCACAGCUUUAGUCUCAAGGACUUGUUUUAGACUUGGGACCGAAGGAGUGAUUGCUUCAUUAUUUUCUAUUUAUUCAACAUUCAUGUUCACAUUAAAGCAAAGCUCCCCCUUUAGCUUGCUAUAUUCUCUUGUUCCUGCUAGAAAUUCCCUUCAAAUGAACAACUUCAAAGGUUAUGGAUUCUCGCCGUCCAAACAAGAGCUCAUCGGAUACCUACAGAAUAGAACAUUAUUGCUCGGCUCUGAUUACUUGGUCCAACAUGUUACUGAUCUUGGGAGCGAUAUUUGCAGCUGGGAGCCUUGGGAUUUAACUGGUUCAACUAGACUUUCAUCAGGAACCAUUAGUCGAGAUUGAAGUAUCUAAUGACUACAAUUGGAUUCAAAAUCAAUCAAGUGAACCAACUAAUGACAACUAUGAGACAUACCCUGAAGAAAGAAGCAAUCAAGAGAACUUUGUCAAUGAUGGGAAUGAAGUAAUCUCAAACCUGAAGCCAUGAAAUCUCGAAAAUUAUGUUGCAGAUUAUUAAUCAAUGGCUCAUCUAACAUCUGUUGUUUUUUUGUGUUUGUCUCAAAAUCAGCUCUAUACCAAUCAACAUGAUCAUUCCUUCCAAAAUGUUGUCAUUGGCAAUGAUGAAACUCAUCCUAAGGAAAGAAGCAAUCAACAUAAUAGAGUUGCAGAGAAUAAUGGCUUCAACUUGCCUGAUAAUUUCAGUAGCUGUCCUAUAGCAGAUACAAGCCAAAUGAACCUGUUUGGCUUUGAUGAUUUAUGCUUGGACGGGCUAUACCUUCACGAGUUGUAUGGAGUGCAGGAAGCACCUGAUGACAAUGGUGAUGGGGUUCAAAAUCAAUCUAGCAUCAACCAGCAAGUUGCUGAUGAGUUCAGGAAUUCAAAUUUGAUUGACAAUGGAAUUGCCUACCCUGAUGAACGAAGCAAAUCAGCUGCCGCUGCUGAGAUAGAGGGCUCAAGCUUUCCCUCCUUGGGCAUGACUGAAUCUUCCUACUCAAAUGAGUCAUUCAGAAAAAGAUCCUGCAUGGAGCAUGAAGGAUCAAGCAUUGACAUGGAAACUGAAGUGGCUCAAGCUCAAGCCAAGAAGCAUAGAUUUUAAUAGCAAAUGGACACAAGUUGAUUCCUAUAAUAUAUUUGAUUUAACUCAAAUACGGUGGAGUUAAAUGCAUGAAUUUAGUUCUAAUUUUAAACCUUUUACUUUUUAGAAAAAAAU